AUGAAGACCUCCGUCGCUACUUUUGUUCUGGCCCUCUCGGGCUCUGCCAUGGCUGCCCCGUUCUACUCAAACGGCACCUCCGUCUAUGCCUCGAGCUCUGGAAUUCCCACUCCUUCACGGACUCCCAGAGGUAUCCCCAGCGGUACCCCGGGCAGCACUGCCAGUGCAAUCCCGAGUGACCCUCCUUUGCCUAAUCCAUUCGCUUCUUCCUCUGCCAGCCUUCCUCCCCCAUUCACACCCUACGGUUCGGAGCCUGCCUCCGUGGUCGCCAAGCGCGGCCAGGAUCUCUCAAUCCCCACCGAUCUUCCUUCCCUCGUUUCUGACGCCCAAUCCGUCGCGGCCGCUCUCGCUUCCUCUGGUGCCCAGAAGCGCGGUGAGUCCCUGUCAAUCCCGACAGACCUACCCUCUCUGCUCUCGGACGCCCAAUCCAUUGGCUCUGCUCUGGCUUCUGCCGGCGCCCAGAAGCGUGACGGCUCGCUUGCACUCCCCACCGAUCUCCCUUCGCUGGUUGAGGAUGCCCAGUCCGUUGCCGCAGCUCUCGCCUCUUCUGGUGCUCAGAAGCGCGAUGGUUCUCUUUCCAUUCCCACCGAUCUGCCUUCUCUGAUCGGUGAUGCUCAGUCCGUGGCUGCUGCACUUGCCUCUGCUGGAGCUCAGAAGCGUGACCUGCCCGUUGCUACUAGCACCCCUGUGGCUCCUAGUGGUAGUGUUACUCCCUCUGCUACCAUCUCCGGAGCCCCCAAGUUUACUCCCAGCUUCACUCCUGUCGCUUCCUCCGCCACUCCUUCGGCCGCCCCCUCUUCUUCUGGAAAGACAGGCCCUACUCCCACUGGCCUCUCUUUCCUUGGAUUUCCCCUUGCCUAA